UGUAGCAGCGGCAUAAAAAAGGGUUUACGUGUUCUUUUUGCGAAUCUAAUUCGUGUUCUAAAGAGCUCGUGUCUCUAAACAAAGUUUCCCUUAAUGUACGCACUACGUGCCAUGCAUAGUGAUUCCAACGUAUAGUGUACAUUUGCCGUCAGCUCCCUGUUGCUAGCAAUCACUGGCCAUUUAUAAACCAGCUCUAGGAUGUCGGACAAACAAACGCUGGUUAUUUCUGCGGUGGGCAUUUUCGUGUGCUACUUCUAUUUUGCAAUUCUGCAGGAAAAGAUUACACGCGGCCGGUACGGGGAUGAGCUGCAGGACGAUGGUUCCCGUGGCGAGCGGUUCACGUAUAUGCUAGCCCUGGUGGGUGUACAGUGUGUCUGUAAUUGGAUCUUCGCGAAAGCUCUACUAACGAUCUCACCGCAGCCGGACGAUGGUACCCCAAAGGUGUACUAUGCUAGCAGCGCCCUUACUUAUCUGCUGGCCAUGAUCAGUUCGAAUAUGGCGCUCCGGUGGGUAGCCUACCCGAUGCAAGUUGUCGCCAAGGCGGCUAAGCCAAUUCCCGUCAUGCUACUGGGUGUGCUGGUUGGGCGGAAAAGUUACACACUGCAGAAGUACUUCUUCGUACUGUUGAUUGUGGUGGGCGUCGUGUUGUUUAUGUUUAAAGAUAGCAAACCAAACCCCGGCACUGUACUGGAACACGAAUCACUCGGUCAACUACUGCUGGUAUUGAGCCUGCUGAUGGAUGGAUUAACCGGUGCGGUCCAGGAGCGAAUGAGAGCGCACAGUGCACCAUCCGCCCAGCACAUGAUGCUCGCAAUGAACGGCUGGAGUGCAAUGAUCGUGUCCGUCGGACUUUUGGCAACCGGUGAAGGCAAAGCAUUCGUGUUGUUUGCCAGUAGGCAUCCGGAACUGUUCACGCACCUUACGCUGCUAGCCCUGACCGGUGCGCUGGGACAAUUGUUCAUCUUCAUGAUGGUGUCGUCGUUCGGUGCACUGGCCUGUUCCGUAGUGACAACAACACGAAAAUUCUUCACCGUACUCUUUUCGGUACUGUUCUUUGGUAAUGUACUCACCGGCCGGCAGUGGGUUGGUGCGGUUCUCGUAUUUUGCGGCCUGUUUGCGGACAUGUUCUUUGGCAGAAAGCCAUCACCUGCCACCAAGCAAGGAAAGGAAAAACAAAAGGUUGAAACUGAGCUGCUGGCAGAUAAACAGUAAAGUCGAAUGCUUUGUUUUCGGAAGCAUUUAAAAUACAAAUAAUUCCAUAAUGGUGCUAAAGCACCGUAAAGUUAAAGUGAACUCCAAAAUCAUGCGCACAUGCCUUGAUAAUUGUCUUCUCACCGUGCAAGACCAGAUGCUAAUUUACCUGUAAUCCCUCUGUAAACGAUAUUACCAGAGUCCUUCAUUAGUAUAGUUAAGCAAAAGCGAGAAAUAAGCUGAAAAUAAAAGUGAACUAUAUUUGUAUG